AUGCUGGUUGACGCUGGAACUAUGGAAGAUGCAGGCCUGCGAAACAACGAGUUUCUCAGCUUCGCCGUCCCCGUCAUGCCUUCCGUGUCCCGUACCUACACAGAGCAGUGGUUUGUCUCCUCUCCGAUCUUUGUCCGGCUCAACAAAGUGGGCAACGCUGAUUCCACUUUCGAUCAGCAAUCGGAGUCUGCUUCCAAGGAAGACAUCGUCUCACAAGCCAUUGACAUUCACGCCGGGUGUGUCGAUGCGCUACAGGGGUCAUCGGGCGGAAGAGUUGGGACUUUUCAUCGGCAACGGAAGUCCGUGAAGUGCGAGAAAGGUGAAGGCCAUACACCGACACUUUCGUCAACAAAGCCAGCCAAGCCAGAGAUCCCCUUGACGUAUGCUGUUGCACAUCCGACCAUCUUCAAGCAGGAAGAGAUACCUCGUCAUGCCUAUCGCACAUGGGGAGAGGUGCUGAGCCGUUACACCAAGGUCGCCCGCAGACAUGGGCUCUUCAAGCAUCGGGGAUCAUCGGAACAUGGGCAUCUACAUUCCCCUGCACUCACGCCGACAUUCACGCCGAAGUUUACUCGCGAAGUCGAGAAGGACAUGUCCAAGUUGGCAACUGACGCAAACAUUUGCGUAUGUGUCAGCGAUGAGAUGGAGAUUGCACGGCGUGAGAUCACCGCCUUUGAACACCAUGAAUCGAAGCCCCUCCGCAGCUGCAUCCACGGCUCCAAGAACGUCGCAGAUCUCACGUCGAAAACUCCGCAGCCUCACAGCUGCUCGCAGGUGCAGUUGUCGGAAAUCUACAUGGCGAUGACGGUGAUGAUAUCUGGCAUUCACGCCGGCAUUGAAACCCCCAUGCAGCAGGGGCUUUCAGUGGAUUGCCCCAGCUUCGGUUCAGACUCGGACUACUUUGCGAGAAAGGGUGGCAAGUAUGAAGAGACGUGCUUGGUCGACGCAUUCCGCGCACACAGGGUAAAGGUACCGUAUGAAAGAUCCGGACCCUUCUACGCGUUAAAGGAUGGACGACGGCUACUUGCUCCUUUCUCACGAAGCAUCGCGAGGUGCAGUCUGGCAGAGCUGCAAGUCCAAGGUCAGUUUGUGGUUGGAUAUAAAAAGCACUUUGUUGCCGUGAGGCAAACGAACGACGAUGGGCUCGAGGUGAACUUCACAAAUAAAUCGCAUCUGUGGCACCGAUGUAGUCUCAGCUGCACCUUUCCGACGGCGUUUCAUCGUCCGGAAAAAUCAGCUGUGUACUACCUCAACCCGGAACAUAUAGAUGUUGUGUUCCGCGUCUCAUGCGCAAACGAUCUUGGGGCAGAUCGCACAGGCAUAAAGACCGCCGUGGGUGACUACAAAGGAGGCACCGUCUCGGCUGCGGGAGGCAGCAGCGGCGGUGCGGCUUCGUCUUUACUUGUUCAGCACAUCGGCCAGUACAUUGCUUUCCGUAGAACUAUGCAUGUUCUGCAGGUCACUAGGAGGAACCUGCAAGAAUUUAUCACAGAACCAUCUCUAUGGUUCCAAGUGCCGAAUCCUCUGGACGGCAGCAUCGAUGGUCGUACAUGGCAGUACUGGAUAGACAGCGUUGAGUAUGAAGCAAGAAAGGUUACAAGCAGCGUCGAUGUCAGCAUCAUGCUUCCUGCAAGACGUACUGCGUCGAAUGGAGAGCCACUGGCACAGUCCAUCUCAGACGUAGACCGCGCAGCAAAGCGGCUCGACGCUUGGACCGAGAUCAUGCUCCGUAUGAUUGAUUACGCAGAGGUGAUCGACAAGAACCUGAUCUUGUCCCCGAUUGAUCCCAGCAUAUCCAAGAGAACUUGGGAGCAACAUUUAUUCGACAUUCGUCGCAGCGUGAGGAUUCUGAAUGAGGCUGUUGCAACCUACGUGGAAACCGACGGACUAAACUUUCCAUAUAGUGCUGCGGAUGAUUACGUGGGUGGCGCGUCUCCAGAGCCAACUUCAAUCGUGGACCGCACGGGGAGUCUCUCGUUGUACAAAUUCUCACUAACUUUGAUUCAGUGA